CCAGAAUGUAGAACGUAGAAGGAGUGUCUGUGAGACUGUGAUUGAGAGGGGAAGACUGACUGAAGCUGGGAAAUAAUUCUGGGAACUUGGGAAGACAUAGGCGGGUUGAAUGAUGAAUUUGCGCCAGGUGAAAAUGUCAACUCAGUGAACUCACAGUUCUCACUACUCAGUCACUGUCACUAGAGUCAUGGGUGAUAAAUAUUUAAGAUAUGUGAAACUGGAGAAAAGCCCUUCUGGAGGAUUAGGCUUCUCUAUCAUUGGAGGAGCUGGAUCUGAAUUGCCUCCUAUCAUACAUCAAAUAGUGACAGGGUCUCCUGCUGACCUAUGCAAGCAGUUACAGCCAGGGGAUGUUAUUCUUGAAGUGAAUGGCCUUCCUGUGGAGACUCUCACAACCAAAGAAGUGCUCAAUUGUCUGCGAGAAGCACCUGACCAAGUCAUCCUGAAGCUCAGAACAGAUGGCAGCACUGAUGAGCAUGUGCAACAGCUUCUAGCAGCAGCCAGUGACCCCGUGCUCCUGCAGAAAGCAAUCCAGCCUGAGAAAAAAUUACCUUCGAAGAGAAAAGUUGGUGACACGGUUCCAGGUGUUCCUCCUCCCCUGCCUCCUAAGGCUGGCUCCCCCAUCUCCUUUUCAGGUCUGGAAUCCCCUAGCGCAACGCUGGAUCGCUCCAAAAAGCACAAGUCACCCCAUUCUGCCCCUAGAAUGAAGAAUGGUGUUCUUGAUGACAGCUUUGAGGAAGGCGACGAACACUUCCAGUCAUGCUUUGACAUUUCUGUUCCUGAAAAAGGUGACGAGUCGCGCUCUGCUCCAGGCUUUGAUUCAAGCGCCGAGAGGCAAGCAGGUGAAUCUAUGGAUAACCAUGUCCCAAAACAGCGUGUGGAAGCCCCCAUUAACUUACCAGAAUCUACUAACUCUCAGUGUUCCCACUCACAGUAUUAUGGCGAGAGCCAAAGUGUGCCUAACAGCCCAGGUGGUGUUGUUGAUUCAAUGUGUGGCAGUAAUAUCAUCAAGUGUGGCAGUAGAUCUUCAGGUGCUGGCUUUCGAUCCUCACGUGAAAAUGACUACCAUCAAAACAUCCAUAAUCAACAGCAUGGAAGAGCGGCCCUUAAAUCUAGCCAUGCAAACACCAGUAGCAGCAGCAAUAGCUCUAGUCUGAUAUGUGUAAGCUGCGAAUCUCCAGCCGCUUCGGUGAUGCAGAGCAGCUGUGGUUCUUUCACUUACUCUCCUCCUGCUGUCAGAAUAUCCAAGUCAGAAGACCAGCUUCAGUGUCCCGACGAUGGGGAUGUCAGUUCGGCUAAUACUGAUCUCGAGGAUGAUGUUACUGCCUCUCACAACACUCUGCUUGACACAAGAGAAGAUCAGACUCCUCAACCGCAAAAAAUUUCGUUUCAUAAACCAGUCCGAGAAAGGGACAAGCCUCAACUUUCAAGACAAGAUAAGAUAUUACCAGACACUGUAGAUCUCGACCUAGUGACGAAUGUGUGUGUAGAAUCACCGUCAUCUAGUACGCUGGUAUUAAUUACACACACGCCAUCUGUUACGACCACAACAAUGACCUCGACUGUGACGAGUGCCAAUGGGUUGCCGGUUAUUUUGUGUACCACUCAGUCUUGUUCAACCAACACGUCGGUGCUCGACCCUGCCCAACUGCAUCCUUGUAUCAGAUCAAAAGAUUGUUCUUCAGUUACCGAAGACGCGGUUGUGACCUCGGCCGUCAUCACUCUGACUCCCUCAAAUAAUAAGUCAGCUGCUGCUCAGUCGCCCUCGGGUGAAUCCUUGGGGCACUCGAGUCACGAGUCGGACAGUCCAUUGCUCUUAUCGCCAUGUUCACCUGUACAUUCGUUCACUUCUCACUCCUCAAUAGUCGGGGGAAAUGCUAACUCAUACAGCGGCCUCUACGACAAGAUUCGCUCUUCUCAGGGCAUAGAGUCCUUAGGGGAAGCCUGCUCAAACAGCUCCAGUUUGACCACGAGUCCUGACACUGACAUUCCUGACGAACUCGAGUGGGACGAGUCAACUCCUUCAUAUGUUCCUUCCAACUUCCACUCAAUCUCUGUCCCCUCGCCGCUUGUUAACGGCGAUGCCAUUUGUAAGAACUUGCCUGGCAGCCCUCAUAGUUCUGGCCACAAGCCCUCACAGCGCUCGGCUUCCUCGGUGCACCCGCCCUCCACCGCCGCAUAUCAUUGCCACAUUGUGAAUGUAGAUACCUCGUCUUCGUCAUCAUCGUCUCUUCACCACAACGCUAGGCGUAAAAAAGACGAGCAUCGCAUCGUCAUCAAGGUAGCGGGGCCUGAACAUAGCAGCUCUUCAUCAACGCUUGGAAAAUCAAACGAAAUCAAGAAUUACAAGAGCAGUUCUUCAGGGGAGCGCAACAACGGCAGCAGAAGAGGAUUGCGGAGCCAUGAGGGAAGUAUUGUGUCGAGUGCUGGAGUGACGAGUGCACUAACCACCUCACUUGACGGCGCCUUAGCGCCUAGUAUUGUUAGUGUGCUCACCUCAUCGUGUGGUGUGGGUGUUAUACCUGGCACAGACCCUGACCUCACACCAACAAAUACUCCUCAUCCUACUCCUCCCCUUUCUCCCGCCCGCUCUCUGGUGCUACAGCGCACUCUCUCCAACCCUCGUCUCGUGCCGCGACAGUCAUCUACACCCAACCCUCACCUCUCAUCUUCCCCUCCCUCUCAUCCCCAAGUCUCCCCACAGACCCCGGGGUCAGGAACCCUCUCCCCCGACACUCUAGCGUACCAACAGCUGUGGGAGUCUGAGGACGAGCUCACCAACUCAUUCGUAUCCGAGGAAGAGUCCAGUCUGAGCCUCGCGAGUCUGAGCCACACCCGCAGUGUGGGCGGAGUGAGUCGUGGUUCCCACAAGGCUAACUCUGGAGGUAUGGCUGAACCAGAGGAUGGUGGCGGUGGUAGCGGAAGUGGUGGUAAAAACACCACUGCUUCCGCCGCCGCUACCACCUCGCCUCCCCUGAGUGAGGAUGAGAGUGACAUAGAAUCCCUGCAUAGUUUCCACUACAGCCCUAAAGCCGUUGACAUUCCCUCAGCCGUGAGACUCGCCAAGCGCCUCUACCUCCUCGACGGCUUCAAGAAGACCGACGUCUCUCGUCAUCUCUCCAAGAACAAUGAGUUCUCUAAGGCAGUGGCGGAAGAAUACUUGCAGCAUUUCGACUUCAAAAAGAAAACUUUGGACGAAGCCCUUCGUGCCUUCCUGGAGCGCUUCUGCCUGCUGGGGGAGACCCAAGAAAGAGAGCGCGUCUUGGUUCACUUCAGCAGACGCUACCUCGACUGCAACGAUGGCACCUUCAACUCGCAGGAUGCGGUUCACACUCUGACGUGUGCACUCAUGCUCCUCAACACUGACCUGCACGGCGCCAAGAAGAGCAUGACGAGAGCCAUGACCUGUUCUGAGUUCAUUACCAACCUCGCCGAGCUUAAUGAUGGGCAGGACUUCCCGCCUCAGGUCCUACGCGACCUCCACACCUCCAUCAAGAACAAGCCACUCAAGUGGGCCGGAGAUGAUGAAGGAAACGCUGUGGAGGGAGCAGAGGAUCGUUCUGACGCCUCGCCCUUGCUGCUGGGGAGUAACCCCUUCCUGGCGCCCUCAGCAGGUGACGGCUUCAUCUACAAGAAGGGCUACAUCAUGCGCAAGUGCUGCAUUGAUCCCAACGGCAAGAAAACAUCGUUCGGGAAGCGGUCGUGGAAGAUGUGGUGGUGCGUGGUGCAGGACCUGGCCAUGUAUCUGUACAAGGACGAGCAGUGCGGCGUGCGGGGCAGCACCCAGCAGCCCCAGCCUGGCACGCUGGCCGUGCGCCUCCACCACGCCCUCGCCACCCGCGCCCACGACUACAACAAGAAGCAGCAUGUCUUCCGCCUCCACACUGCAGACCACGCUGUCUACCUCCUGCAGACCAGUGACAGCAAGGAGCUGCAGGCGUGGAUCGAUGCCAUCAACUUCGUGGCGGCAAGCCUCUCUGCUGCUCCGAUGGCCGGCGCCGUGGGCUCCCAGAAGAAAUUCCAGCGCCCCCUGCUGCCCUGCUCUGCUACCAAGCUGAACCUGCGGGACCAGACGCUGGACCACGAGGAGCGGCUCGCCAGGCUGGAGGAAGACCUGCAGCAGCACCUCGCCAAGCCUCCUGACAAGACGGCCAAGACCAACACCCUGGCCAACUACAGGGAGAAGGAGGCCUACCUCAACGAGCAGAUCAAGCGGUACCGGGCGUACGUGUAUCUGCUGCGCUCCAAGCUCGCCGCGGACGUGCCCCCUCCCCCCGUCCCCGACCUCCCUGUCUUCUCCCCCGGCCGCGACCCCCACCACGACCAUGCCGGAGAUAACGGUCGCGUGGUGGCACCCCCCAUCCCCCAGCGGGGGGGCGCCGCCCCCUCCCUGCCCUCUGACAGGACUGCGGCCCACCCCGUCCCACCUCGAGCUCACCUGUCGCUACCUCUUACUCGGACCCACCUCCCCACCUACCGCCACACCACGUUGUAGCAGCACACCACCAGCACCAAAACUUCACCAUGUCCCAGCACCCACUCCCCGACAACAACUAACCAUUUUGUAAUAGCACCUCUGUACCAUCACCAAUACUAUGUUAUAGCACACCUAACCCACCGCCAGCACACCACUUUGUAGCCCGAACGUGUGCUGCCUCACUCCUUGUAUUCGCCCCUCCUACUCGUUCUACACUUUGCUCCAGCACACCUACUUCACGUCUUAGCCACACUUUCUUUUCGCCACCUCUAACCCACCGUAACCACACUUCUUUGUAUCGGCCCUCCUACCCCACUACAACCACCCCACUUUCUACUGGCACACUCGCAACACCGUAACUGCACCAUCUUUAUUAGUUACCCCACCGGCAACCUCAGUCCACUUGUUAUACCGGCCCUCCAGCCCACCUCUAGCACACUUCUGUGAAGCUAUCCACCUACCCCACCAUAACCACACCUCUUGUACCGGCCCCCAGCCCCACCUCUUGCACACUUCUUUGAAUCCAUCCACCUACCCCACCGCUACCUCGCAGCAGAGCGCCACCAGCUCCACCAACUCCCAACCCUCACCGAGAGUUUGCUCAUCAAAAUCACAGGCCUUAAGCGAGAAGGAUUUCUGCCUGAUUCCUGUUAAUUAAAUGUACCCUAUUUACCUAGGCUGCCAAGUACGGAUAUUCAAGAAGAUAUUUCUUCAAUAGCAUAUAUCCUUUUAUGACGAUACUAGCGCAUUAAGGAUAUAGAAUUAGAUUUUAGAGAUAACAUUCUGGCACUCUAGUGUAUACUGCCGCGUAUCUUUCUAUCUUCUUUAUCUAUUCUUGUUGCAAUAAAAGAGAGCAAGGAGCUUGUGAAAUGAACGUGACCAGCGUUUGAUUGAAUACUACAUUUCAUUGAACUCACUAUCAACCGUCACUAGAAUUACUUAGACGAUAAUUUUCUCCAACAAACUAUGUGUUUCCCCUUCAUUUUCUGCCCUUGAGUGUUCGGAGUGCGCGUUUUUAUAUGCACUAUUAACAUAGAUUACGUCAUUGCUUCAAAUCUAUGACGUAUCCACGAAUAUAAUCAAUUUUGUCUUUGCUAAAGCCGAAGCCUUACCAUGUUACGCUUUAUCAUUGCUAUUUAACAUCAAGUUUGCUUCUAUUUGUUUUAUUUAUGUGUUUAUAUGAGUAUAUAAUUAUUGAAUAUUAUGUGAAUAUUUUGUGUGUUAGAGCUUGGCUUGAGUGAUGUCGACCCUCGGGUUCCUGCUAACUCGCAAUACGACGCAUGUUAAUCUCUUACCUGUGUCAUGUCGAUUGCUGUUAUAAUUGUAUUAUUUCUUUAUUAUUUUCGUAGGUAAUCUUAUUGUCUGUUCAUAUACUGUACUUGCAGGGUAGACGUAUUUCACUUUCCUGUAAGGUAUUUGUGCUGCUUGCACAUUUGAAUUUUGGAACUGGCCGUUGUUUGUUACAGAAAUAAAACGGCUAACUGUGAAAAAAUGUCUUUGCUACGUAAUAAUUGACGAUGUAAAAUCUAUGAUUUCUCUUAUGUUUUGCAUUUUCUGUCGAGUAAUGUUCGAAGCUUGGCGUGAAGAAAACACUCUUUAGUUGUUAAUAUGUCAGGAUUUCAACUUGAACAUUUACAAUCGUUGGCCUAGUUGUUACAGAUCGUUAGAAGCGAGUUCUUGUUUGUUGUUAGAAGUCAAAUCAAAUGCAAACAAAACAAUGAGAUUUAAUUGUUAGCAAACCUCUAAUGUUCCAAUUUUUACAACUCGCCUCUAGAAGUGUUCGGAUCUAUCAUGUUUUAGAUCUUCGCAAGCAACCGUGUUGAAAACUGGUGGAUUACUGGCCUCCAAAUUUGGGAUGUCAUAUAGGGUCGAAGCAAUAGAAAUUAUUGUCGUGAUGGACCAGUGGCAACAGACCAGCUAAAGAAUUGAGAUUUUUGCAACAGACCAGCUAAUUUAUGUUGUAAUAGGGUCGAAGGAUGAUGAAAGAUUGCAUGGGUGACCAGUUAGUAAAUGAAAAGAUUUUCUUAGCAUAUAAUAUAAAUCGUUAUUACUGGGUAUAUCUACUACAUACUUUACUACUGUGUAUUAUUUCAUAAGAAUAGUGCGGGUUUUAUUAACAUUCAGGACGCCUGCGGCUGGAGAAGAGCGUAUGGACCAGUUCAUAAUUUGACAAGAAGCCAUUUCCUGUACCAUCAAUGUACUAAAAUAGUGCAUAUACGCGGUUCUUCCUCCACAUGCGUCGUAUGAUUAGACAUAGAAUAGUCAACCAUCACGUUAGCUUGAGAAGCUCUCGUCUUGUCUGUCAAUUUAAUCCUUAGAUAUAAAGAAUAGUGUGUGUAGGCAGUUCUGCCUCCUUUGCUCAAGUGAACGCUAUAUGUCAUCGUCGUAUCUCCGCUCUAUCGUAAUUAAAUAACGUGUAUGUGACUCUCUAAGUUUAGAUGAAAAUUCACUCGCACUGCAGUGUGGCCUUGGGACUCCAUGUAACAUAACUACUGCUGCGCUCACUGGAUCUGACAAUCGCCGCAAAUUCAGAUGCCUUAAAGGCUGAUUCAGUGAAAAUUUUCCUUGUUGCCGAAAGGGAAUAAAAGUCGUACAUUCGAUCCGUCGUAAAUCUGAAUCGUGAUUGACUGCUGUAGUAGCGAUGUUGUAGGCGUACCUCGCCCUCGAUGACGAGUAUGAGUAAACUCACUCAUCGUAAUGUUUGUGAUGUUAAAAGAGGAUUGUACUCAACUUGUAUAAGGUGGGCGUUGGCGAAUAAAGCUCACUUCCCCUAUUAUAUAAUUUUAGUGUCAUGCCAAACUGAUUGCUUGAAAAAUGUACGCUAAUUAAAGUACAUUUUAUAAAUACUUUUUUCGAUAUUGUGAUUUAAGAUUAUGUUGUGUGUUUAAAACACUUCACAAAGUUAAAUAAUCCGAACAUAUUUUAGAGUUGAUCUGAUCACAGGACAAAUGUCACGGCUCAAGACGAUACAAAUAACGUUUCGAUAACCCAGUACCAUCUGGUCUAUUUACUCGAAGUUUUCUGAUUUUGGCAUGUGCCUAAUAAGACUCAGAGUCUCUUAGAUAUACCAGAAACUCAUCUGCUGUAUGUCACAAACAAUGCACAUGAAAUUGGCAGCUCUUCCUGAGCUAUAGGCUUAUUUCAAUUUUACGUAAAGUCAUGACCUUAGUUUUUAUCUUACCGGGUUAAGAUAAAUAUCCUGUACGGCUGACGUUAGAAAUGGUCAUUGUAGCCAGCAAUCUGAGUAGGAUGCGAUAUAUUAAAAGCAUGCUACUAUUUCAAACCAUUAGGUUUAAGAUUACCCUCUCUUACCUAUACAAUUAACUACCCAAUUCCUUUACCUACUUUACCUAUGCCAGCCUUUAGUUUUUUUCCUACUUGCUUCAUUUCGGCGAGAACUUUUCUUUGCCCUAACUUUAAAAUAACUUCGUUUACCAUUGUACACGUUCCAGACUCCCGAAUAAAUCAUGCUACAAAUUGUU